AGAGUAAGCCCAUCCUUUCGAACACGGCACCGAAUCUGCUAUGGGCGCCACUGGAGAGUCCUUCCUUCCCCAGGUAGUCGGACUCUUCUACGCCACCUUCGACCCGAGCCUCGGCCCUGUCGUCCGGUACCAGGUGCCCGAGAACCUCAUCUCAGACAGCACGACCGAAGAGGCACGCUCACCCUCAAACUCCCGCUCGCGCUCGCGCUCUCGGGCAUCCCGCUUCGUCUCCCCGUCCCCCUCUCCGUCUCCCCUGCCAAACAGGACCCUUCUCAACUUUGGGCCCAUCUCCGAAUACGUCAUCCCCAAAAAGUCGCUUCACGGCCGUCUCGUCACGCUUCUCACCACCGGCACGGGGUGCGACGAGGAUGAACAGGCGGGGUACAGAGUUAUGGGUUUCCCCAAUGUCAUGACGGCGCCAGAAGGCACAUAUACACGGAAUGAGUAUAUGUGGAACCUGUGUUUCGUGUUCCAUUCUUCGAGCUCGCUGGAGGCCUUUGAGCCGGUCGUGAGGAAAUGCGCGAGGAUUCUGAGAAGCGCAGAACGUGAUUCUGCCUAUCUUUCAAAGCCAUCGCCCGACCACACAGCACUGCCUGCGGUUCUAGAACAGCUGUUUGAGGACCUAAACUCUUACUCCGAGACAAGUAUACCUUUAGACGGUUUCAACUCUCUGGAGCUCAAACUCUUUCCUUUUUAUCCAAAUCCUCCCGAUUGCGACGACUGGCAUGUUCCUGUCGCUCUUGUUGACCUCAAUGCGCACAAAGACGACAACUGGGAUAUUACGGCUGCAAGGGUCUGUCAGUUUAUCGAUGGGGUCAAUCAUGUCAAGAAGAUUGCAGAGCUUGCCAAGGCGGACGAGGCUUUGACUCGAGAGACAUUACGACAUAUGCUGUAUUACCAGGUGAUCAUGAUGAUUGACAUCUUCCAAUACUCCAAUAUGUACACCCUCAAACCAAUAAUAUCCCGAUUGUCUGCCGAUGAAACCAUCAUUUCCGAAUGCGCCUGCUAUGUUACACGCUCCGGUUUUCCUUUACCCGAUUGGCCCACACUUCUGCAGCUUUACAGCCGCUUUCAACCCGGCAUCACGGUGCAUGACUGGAUAGAAGCGCACGAGGUUCUUUCAAUGGGUAUAGACCCCCGGAGAUUCGUGUCUUUCGGUAUCAUCAAGGGUUUUCUCCGUCGAGUGAACCGUUGGCCAAAGCUGGUGGAAAGGAGAGAACCGCUCAUCCAUGUCCCAGAGCAUCGAAAAAGAGUGGGGUUCGAUGACUCUGUACGGGGGAAUUCCAGCGGGUUUUAUAGAGACCGUGACCGCUCUCAAUCCCAGAUACAUCUUUAUCAGCAAGGUCAUCAGCAUACCAGUGGCUUUCACCCCAACGAUUCUGCCGCGUCUCUCAGUCGAGGCAUUCUUGGCGGAGAAUCAACAUUCACCCUCCGCUCCGUCGGAUCCAAUGCCUCGCUAGGCGUUUCUCCUUCCUCAAUACCUACACGUACUCCGCCAUCACUGCACGGAAGAUCCCCUCGCCGGCACCCUUUCGCCCCCUCUACCGCGGGAACUGGCAGCACACAUACUGCACUCCCACGUUCCCACGUUUCCGCCGCCGAGUCACAUCCAUCGACGUCCUCCCGCCGGGCGAUAGGUGGAAGUAUCACGGGAACCAACACCACAGGCGGUCUCGUCCCGGGCGGUAGCGGCUUCAAUAUCAGAUACGGCUUGAAUACCAGACAGAGGGAGGAAGCCGCUGCAGUCAAACAGGCCGAGGAGCUGGAGGAAGAGUUGAUAGGAUUUUUAGAUGGGAGUCAUCAUGCAGAUGAGAUCCAAGUGAGAUUCGGAUGGAGCUGGGGCCAGCUGGAAAAGAUCCUUGGACUGGACGAAAUGACUGGAGGCAUGGGAAGAAAAGGUGUAACAGUAGUCUAUCGUUGAUCACUUGUCACAUUAUAAAAUUUGUUUCUUUAGACAAUCGCCCAAAAGGUGACGGACAACUGUUUGUUGGCAUUCUCCGAAUAGGGAUUUCCAUUACAACUACAAUCAUCUGUAUAUCUAAUAGACCCUACGGGUACAUGCACGCCAUAU